GCGACUGUUGCUGUCUGGCAGCUAUGACAACGAAGCUCAAAAGUUUGUAUGAAUGGCUUCAGUGAAGAAGAAGUUGUCCUCCUCUAAAGUGCACCAAAAGUCUCUGAAAUGUACCGUAUACUUGGACAUUCAGACAGUCACAUGUCCAGGAGUGCUCCUGUCCAAGAAAAACGAUAUCUACCUCAGUGUGCGUAUCAUGGGCCAGUACAGGAAGACUCCAUGUUUGCCACCUGUGUUCCCUUUACACUUCCAACACAAAAUGGUGUUUGUCAAGACUUUCCCCGGCGUUGUUGACCCUGCUGAUGUAGCUGACCUCCUGGAAGCUGACACAACAUCUUUUGAGCUGAUUCAGUUGGUGCCUCCAGAGGGUGAGGUCCUAGCCAUGAUGGAGGAGAGCAGCAGAGAUUUCCUGUAUCCUGGUCCCAGACUGAGCUCCAGGGAAGGAGCUGCAGAGAGAGAGAUACUGAUGAAGAGAUCUUCCUCCUUUCCUGGAAUCUCCCCCAAAGUGGAGUUUGCUACAACAUCAGUCAUAGAAGAGAGUGACGGCAGAGACAGCUGGCCUGCGUCAUCUACUUGCUGUCUUUCUCCCUUGAGGACAUCUUUAAACCCAUCCACACAGACUUCACCAAAAAAGUCUUUGCCGUCCAGCAGGCAUUGUUCCAAAAUGCAUGACACAAACUGUGUCUCUGGGAAAUGUGGGAAAGAAAAGUUAAAUGCUGAGGCUACAAUUACAAACUCUGGAUCGUCCUCAACACCCAGACACUCCUCGUCCUCAUCCCCAUCCAGCCGACAUCCCCAGAAAAACAAGAAUGAAAGAAAGCACACUUGUAGAGUUUCUGUAGAGUCUGGCUACCAGCAGCCCACAGUUUCCUCAAGGACACGAGCCUUGUCCCCUUACACCCACCGCAAGAUGUGCCAGCUUUCAGAGGACGCCAGGCAGAGACUCAGCCAUCUCCAGCUGGGGCCUCACCACUUCAGGAAGGAGACUGAGAGCCAGCCGCCCUUCUUGGUGUCUCGUUGCAGUAGUGCCUCUGUGAUGGGGACUCCUUCCUCCCCUCCACAGAACAGUAGCAUCCAUCGACACUCUCUCAGCUUCAGAGCUGAUCACACAGAUUCCUCUCUCCUGGGGAGUUACAGACCAAGAACAGCCAGAGUGAAAUCAGGUUCUGUGAGGGUCCAGUCAUCUCCAGAGACACACUCAAGACUUGAAGCCCAGACCAAAAGCCCUGAGAGCAGUGCUGCCUUAGAUCAGUCCACACUGACCAUGUCCAACUGCAGAAGUCCUCUAAAUCUCAGCCAGUCCCUCAGAGAAAGGCUUCAGACCCAUCAGCUCAGUCCAUCCUACAGCGAGCAGAUCCACAACCGAGUCCAGAGGAUUCUGCAGACACACAAAACCACCUUGGACCACCACCAAGUGACCUUUGACCUUUGACCUGAUCUGCCCACAAGGUCCGAAAGACACACACAUGCACAUAGUGGAGAGAUGUCAGAGUGAGGGG